AUGUCGAAUAAUACUAAUCAAAACAAAAAUCAAAAUAAUGAAAAACCAUUAGGUGAUAUGACUAAAGAAGAAAGAACUAGUUAUAGCAUAAAAAGAGCACCAGACUACACCGGCAAAGAAGAUGCAGUUUUAAAUGUAUCAAGAGAAAAAUGUUGGAAAUCAAGAGACGAAUACUUUGAAUGUUUAGAUAAAAAUAAUGAUAACGAGUCAAAGUGUAAAGAGUUUUAUGAUAAGUUUUCAGAUUCAUGUUUAAAGAGUUGGAAAGAAUAUUUUAUUAAAAAAAGAAUUGCAGAUAUAAAUAAACAAAACUUUUUAAAUAGAAGCGAAUAA